AUGCAACUACUGGAAAAUGCUGAUCAUGCGGUGAUCAUUGUAAUUCCUGCAACAUUGAUUAUGGAUGCGAAAACUGUCUUGCAGAAAAUCUUAAAUAAGGAUGGGUUAACACGAUCAAUCUUGAUAUUGGUCCUGAUUUCCAAUAAUGUCAAGAAUGCACAUAUAAGUUUCAAGAUAACUCGACCUCUAGCUAUGAUUAAAUCUAUACUUGCUCAAAAAAAGAUCCAGAUGAUCAAUUGGACAAUUGUGCUUAAGCGUCAUUUUAAGACUUGA